AUGGAGCCUGGCAAUUAUGCCACCUUGGACGGGGCCAAGGAUAUCGAAGGCUUGCUGGGAGCAGGAGGGGGUCGGAAUCUAGCCGCCCACUCCCCAUUGACCAGCCACCCGGCGGCACCUACGCUGAUGCCCGCUGUCAACUAUGCCCCCUUGGAUCUGCCAGGCUCUGUGGAACCGCCAAAGCAGUGCCACCCGUGCCCUGGGGUGCCCCAGGGGGCGUCCCCCGCUCCCGUACCUUAUGGCUACUUUGGAGGCGGGUACUACUCCUGCCGAGUGUCCCGGAGCUCGCUGAAACCCUGUGCCCAGGCGGCCACCCUGACCGCCUACCCUGCGGAGACUCCUGCGGCCGGGGAGGAGUACCCCAGCCGCCCCACCGAGUUUGCCUUCUAUCCGGGGUACCCGGGACCCUACCAGCCUAUGGCCAGUUACCUGGAUGUGUCGGUGGUGCAGACCCUGGGCGCCCCCGGGGAGCCUCGCCAUGACUCCCUGCUGCCCAUGGACAGUUACCAGCCCUGGGCCCUCGCCGGCGGCUGGAACAGCCAGAUGUGUUGCCAGGGAGAACAGAACCCACCGGGUCCCUUCUGGAAGGCAGCAUUCGCAGACGCUAGCGCGCAGCACCCUCCUGAUGGCUGCGCCUUCCGCCGCGGCCGUAAGAAGCGAAUUCCCUACAGCAAGGGGCAGUUGCGCGAGCUGGAGCGCGAGUACGCGGCUAACAAGUUCAUCACCAAGGACAAGAGGCGCAAGAUUUCGGCGGCCACUAGCCUUUCGGAGCGCCAGAUUACUAUCUGGUUUCAGAACCGCCGGGUCAAGGAGAAGAAGGUUCUCGCCAAGGUCAAGACCAGCUCUACACCGUGA